UCGCUUUAAGGGGUGCGGCGACGACGAUGCUCUGUUGGCGAGGAAGUGCAUUCUGUUACAUGCAGAAGGACCGUGGCAGAAGACGGAUGGAAAUGAUGUAGCUAGGUCUGAUUGUGAAAACGUAACAUACAGUUACCGAGCACAGGCUUGUUAUCGGAUAAACAACAUCUAACCCUCACAGAUUUGUAACGAAGACUUGUAAUUGGCCUGAAGAGGCUGAGCGAGUGCAGAGCGAGAGAAAACGAAAAGCGAGAGAGACAGAGGGGGAGUCGGUGAGCGAGACCGAAAGAGAGGGAGAACCAAACCCAGCAAACAGAGAGACGCCACUGCAUCAGUCAUCUUUUCAUCCUGCUGAAGGAGAGACAAACAGCCACAGCUCUUCUCCUGGGGAAGUGCGUUGGGCAUCAGCAGCGGGGUGCAGCAGGGCACUUCGACCGAGUGGGAGCGGGUGCAGGUGCGAUCCGGCGUUGGGCACCAUGCUCUGGGCGUGAGCGCGGUGGCUGCAGUGGUGGCGGCGGUAGCAGUGGCGAGAGGAGAGGCCAUCGGACGCGGCGCCUUGUGGGAGGCGAGGGGGGCCACCAGGCGGCGGCAGCGACCAUGAAGCUCAAACAGCGUGUGGUGCUACUCUGUGCCUUGCUGCUCCUGCUGGGCCUGGCCAAGGUUUUCCUGCUGGAUGGCGGCGAGGGUUCGGCCGCCAGCCGCCGUGACCUGCGCGCCUUUCGCAAGAUGGAGGCCAGCCUGGCGUUGGCGCGCGGAGCCCGGCUCACGCACACACUCCAGUCACCCUGGGAGGUGGCAGCGCAGUGGGUAGGGCCGCGCGAGGUCUAUCCGGACGAGACGCCCGAGCUGGCGGCGGUGCUCAACGCCCUGAGCACUUCGCGCCUGGAGCGGGCCGACGUGGGCUACAAGGGCACCCAGCUCAAAGCCCUGCUGGUGCUGGAUGGUGGCCAGAAAGUGGUGUUCAAGCCCAAGAGGUACAGCAGAGAUUAUGUUGUGGAAGGAGAGCCUUAUGCUGGCUAUGAUAGACAUAAUGCAGAAGUGGCUGCCUUUCAUCUGGACAGGAUCCUGGGAUUCCGAAGAGCACCCCUGGUGGUGGGGAGGUUUGUGAACCUGCGCACAGAAAUCAAACCCGUGGCUACCGACCAGCUCCUCAGCACCUUCCUCAUGCAAGGGAAUAACACAUGCUUCUAUGGGAAGUGUUACUACUGCCGGGAGAGUGAGCCGGCGUGUGCCGAGGGGGAGGUGAUGGAGGGCUCCGUGACGCUUUGGCUCCCGGACGUGUGGCCCCUGCAGAAGCACCGCCAUCCCUGGGGCCGCACUUACCGCGAGGGCAAGCUUGCCAGGUGGGAGUAUGACGAAAGCUACUGCGAGGCGGUGAAGAAGAUGCCCCCGUAUGACGCCGGACCGCGGCUCCUGGAUGUCAUUGACACGGCCAUCUUUGAUUACCUGAUUGGCAACGCCGACCGCCACCACUACGAGAGUUUUCAAGACGACGGCGGCGCCAGCAUGCUCAUUCUGCUGGACAACGCUAAGAGUUUUGGAAAUGCUGCCAUGGACGAGAGAAGCAUCUUGGCCCCACUGUAUCAGUGUUGCAUGGUGCGCGUGUCCACGUGGAACAGGCUGAACCUGCUGCAGGGCAGGGCCCUGAGCGCGGCAAUGCGCCAGGCCACAGCGCACGACCCCAUCGCACCUGUGCUGGCCGAGCCCCACCUUGCCGCCCUGGACCGCCGCCUUGGGGCCGUCAUCGCCACCGUACGGCAGUGCAUGGAGACGCAGGGCCCCGACAACACGCUCAUCGAGGAUCGCAUGAAUCUGCCACACCCUUAGAGGGGAUGAGGAGGAGAUGGGCGGAUGUGGGGAGGGGUCAGGAGCGAAGGGGGGCAGUGAAGUAUUUUUAGGACCAAAGGGAGUGAAUGAACGUGUCGGCGCUGGUGCCCAGCAUACAACUGUAUAGACCCUCGACGGCUCGUAGUAGCGGAUUCCCUGUUGGCAGGAAGCAAGUUCCUAGGACUCCAACAUGGAGUGGACGAUCUCGCACCCUUCGGUGUCUGUUACCUAGGAGACCACCCAUGCCACCCAUCGGACGGUGAAAACAGACACCGCACAGUUCUGCUGGUGUCAGCACAGUGCUGCUGUGAAUUCUGCUCACUGUCUUUCCCCUGUUAUCUCUCUCUCUCUCUCUCUCUCUCUCUCUCUCUUGCUGUUUCUCUCUCAAAAUCUUCUCACCAGGCGGAAGUAGGUGCCAAACACUAAUUAAGUAGGAUUCUCAAGAAUCGACUCGUCCCAUGGCCAUAAGAUGAUACUGAGACUCAGGACAUUUGUUUAACAGAGGGGUGUGUCUCUGUCUGUCUGUGCGUGCAUUUGUGUGUGUAUGUGUGUGUGUGUGUUUGUGUGUUCAUGAAGAGGUACAUCUCUAACAGAACAAAGUUCAACUUGAACCUCUGACCUACAGUGACCCCAGUUCAAGGACACUCCUGGGAUGUGGCACCAACUAAAUAAUGGCCGAGGAGUAAGAGAAAUCCUCUCUCUUUGGCCGUGCUCCCACACACUACUGUACAUAUGCAAAAAAAACUACUUGUUGAGAGAUGAUAACAAUGACAACGAUUUAAUUAUAUUAUUAAAGUAAGGACCAUACAUGGAUUAUAAUAUUUAAAAGAAGAGAAUCCCUAAUUUAGCUGUGAGGUGUAAAUGCUGAGCUGUAUAUAUUGGGAUUCCCGCGGUGGGUGGGGUGGCAGUUGAGUUAUGCUACUGAUGUUUUGGAGAGGGGGUGGGUGGAAUAUUGAAUGAGGGAAAGGAACAAUUGGAGAGACAUAAGGGCUGGUCAGACCUUUUCAUCAUUCACAAAUAAAAAAAAAACAAUAUUUAAAUACUAUGUUGUGCUUUGUUCAUCACUACAGCUGUGACUUCCUGUGUAUACUAGUUGUACACUUUGGGUUAUUCCAGCAGACUGCAUUUCUGUGAAAUUCGUUGAACUUUGAUGGCCUUGAAGGGCAGGCAAUAAACAGUUGUUUGAUUACUA